UUAGCAGGCUGACAUGUCUGACAGUCUGUCAAAAAAUUUACUCUCAAAUUCUUGUAAUUGAAAAAACCCCUUCCCCCAAAAAAACAUAAUGGAAAACUCAAAUUUCCCCAGAAAAUACUGCUUCGAUUGCGGUGACAACACUGUUAAGGAGAACUUAAAGGAGAGACUUUCCGCGAUGCGUGACGACCUGGGAGACCUAAAAAGGGAGUUAGAGAUCGAAAAAAAGUUCCUGCAGAUUAAAAAAGACGAAAUCUACGGCAAUUGCGGGUAUUUCUCGAAGAAUAUGAACGCGGAGGAUUCCAGGAUUCUGAUUCAUCCAGGGAGCAGCAGGUCGCAACGCAUUAGCGAACCGACGAGGGCUAGCAACCAACACAUUUCUCUGGAUAAGGGGGAACUAUUGAAAAUCCAGGGGCAGUGCGACAAGGAACUGGAAAACUUGCACAGUUACAUCCAUCAUUUGGGGGAAAUCCGGAAAAAUUGGGUGUCGUACAGCCAGAGAAGCCUUAACAUCACCCCCAAUAGUCAACAGCAGUACAGAAACAGCCGCGAAGAGAAACAGGAAAAACGUCAAAGUGGAAAAGUGUUUUAUGUCGAUGGAGACUUGCCGAUGUAAAAAAUGUAUUUUUGAGUGCCUGUAAUGUGAAUAAAAUUAUAUUUAUCACUA